AUGGCAUCCCCACGCAAGAAGCAAGAGCAGUAUGAUAUUAGUGACGAUGACGGGAUGGGGGACAAAGCCAAGAAACCCAAAACCGAAGCCAGCGUGGUUACUUUGGACAUAGGUGCCUUGCGUAACCUUCUGAGUGAGCAGGCUGAGCAAAUCACGAAGGUGCAGCAGCAGAACAUGGAAGCUGCUCUCCAGAAAGUAGAGGACAAGCACCAUGAGCUUUUCAGCACCUUGCACACCCGGUUGGAUAGUACAGACACCAAGGUGGAAACGCUGCAAGGGAUUGUGGGAGAUCUUCAGGCAAGAUUGGCACUCUUGGAGAAGAAGGCACCCCUAAGCACUGCCAGCACCUCUGAAGGGCCGGACCGUGAACGGAGUCGCACUCUGGUAUAUGGUGGAUGGGAGCGCGGGACACGUCGCCCUGUCAUCUUGCAAGAUAUUGCCCGCGCACUCCGACAGCUUGGGGUUGAGUCCGAGAUUGACAAUGAAGCGUUUACCACGGGCCCAAGACGAUCGGUGGCAUUGAUGCACUUCAAUUCCCGCAAAGAUGAGACCCCGGAGGCCCUCCGUCAACGCAUGUUCUCAGUGGUCAAAGGGUUUGUGGACGGGGAUAUCCGGAGUAGUCAGCAGAAGAGAAUGUGGUGUGCAUUCAGCAAGCCGAUUGAGGUCAGGCGAAAAGGGGCCCAUGCGGCCUGGCUCAAGAGAGCUUUGACUCAGCUGGAUGUGGAUUUCACGGCCAAAAUGGUAGACUUGGAGUACCACUCUGGAUCAGUGUGGGUCGCGGACUCCCUUGUGGCCGGCGUGGAGAAGCCGGAGGCAAAGAUUGAGGGGCUGUAUGUUGACGAGCGCAACCCAGACCGUCCAUGGAUUGACCUACGUUCCUUGGCAGGGGCCCUUGGCAAACCGCAAUCAGAUGUGGAGAAUGCGAUUCAGCAGACGGAGGCGCUGCAGGCUUUGCCGCCGAACAUGUUGCCCGCAGUUUUGGCCGCGGACACCAAUGCAAACUUGGGAUGGACUGUGGGAGGUGAUCAACCGCAUGGAGUAGCUUACGGCAUGGAUGGUAAAGGGGGGUACAAGGACUCGGACCAGGUCAAAACCUUGUUUUCUGAAGCUAGACGGAACAACACAGCGGCAGCGUGGAAGAGAGCACACGAGGCCAGGCGAAAUGAGAGGCAUCGUUGGGAGCAAACCAGGCUUGAUGCAGCAUCAGUUGGGGACUGGAAGGAGCUUGGUAAGGCCAGGCGGGUGCAGCAAAACUGGGAGGACCACUUCGCCGAUGUCAACCUUGGAAUGUCCCAUGAGAAAGUUCAUGAACACUUGCAGGCAAUUUAUGAGGGUGAGCCGCUUGAUCCUUGGGAUGAGAGAGGGGAAACAUCAUCCGAUCCGUUCUCCAUGGAAGAUUUCUUGUCGGCGGCCAGGAAAGGUCGAUUGGGUCGAGCCACUGGUCCAGACGGGGUCCCACAUGAAUUGCCCCUUUCCUUGGCCGGACACAGUACAGAGGGGCCCAAGCUUUUGGCGUGGUUCAAUGACAUUCUCGCCACCGGGAACAUUCCCACCGAAUGGGGGUCGGUUGUCAUGAUUUUGCUGGCGAAGAUUCCUAAGCCUGAAACUGCCAAGCACGUACGGCCGAUCAGUUUGGGGUCUGGAACCAGUAAGCUUUUUUCACGGAUGCUUCUGGAGAAGAGUCUUGAGUCACUUGGCGAACCCUCGUCGCGGCAAUGCGCAGGUAAGGGAAGGCAGGCCACGGAGUAUGUUUUCUGUGUCGCCAGGAUGAUGUCGCUGGAACGAGAGUGGAAGGCUGGGUUUCGCUGGGUGAAGCUUGACCUUCAAAAAGCUUUCGAUCGCGUCUCGAGGGGCAAACUCAUGAGGACACUGGUGAGCCGGUUGGGAAAAACGUGGAUUACUCGUGCUUGGCAUCGCUUGCUUGGACCAACGCAGGCCAUCCUGCAAACUAAGUGGUCCCAAUCGAGGAUUUGCAUGAAGAGCAGCAUCCGGCAAGGGGCCGUAGAGAGCCCCGCGUUCUUCGCUUUGGUCAUGGACAUCUGCGUUGAAGAAGCCAGUCAACGGUUCGGUUGGUCACCAGAGUGCCCUGGGUUUGAAGGGUGCAACUUGAGGGAAAUAUUGUUCAUGGACGCCGCAAUUAUGUGGGACGUCGAUGGUGCUGCGUUGGGGUUGCGGCUGGAACAGUUGGCCAUGGUCCUUUCGGAGUGGGGAUUGUUGCUCAAUGCGGAUAAAUGUCAAUUGUACCGCAGCCCGCAUUGCCAGUCACAGGAUCAGGUGGUCGUGGGAGGACACACUAUGAUUGCGGAUGAGCACCUCACGGUCAUGGGAAUUCAUUUCCGGGUGAAUCAAACAGCAUCGGACAUCCUGGCCCCAUUGUUGGGACGUGCGAGGGACGCCUUUUGGGGUAUGAAACACAUCCUUUGCCGACGGUCUAGCCUCAAACAGAGAAUCAGGGUACUUGACAUUUGUGUGGGCAACUGUCUUCUGUGGUGCAGUGGUGGUUUGCAGUCUGAUGUACAAGCACUUGGCAUGGUGAACAGUUUCCAGUUUCAGCUUAUUGUAUGGAUGCUCCGCAGACGCCGCCAUCGAGAUGAAACGUGGCUGGCUGGACUUUCACACCAGGGUUUUCAGGGAAGCGCGAUGCGCAUUGCAUGCCAGCGGGGUCAGCAGAUGGAGCACUCGAUGGUUGCAAGCCAUUUGGCGGUUCAGUGGCCACCGCGCCAGGUGUGCAAACCGGCCGGUACCAGAAGCUGGGGUGCUGGCAGACUCCUUUCGGGAUUUGCAGUGGUGGGAGCGACAACAACAGAACCCAGCAGGGAUACGCCACCGGG